AUGGUGGAGAAGAUUAACAAGCCAAGGAAAGAGGAGGUCGUCUCCACGGAUGGUACUAAUCCUUCUCUCUCUAGCCGUUAUAUCGAAUCUGCGUUUGGUUUAGGUGAUGAAAUGUGCUCUUCUUUAAAAGAUUGUAAUUUGAAAUGGUUUAAGUGUACCUUCAAGAAGAAGGCACCGAAUGCCAUCAAGGAAAUUAGGAAAUUUGCCCAAAAGGCCAUGGGAACAAAUGACGUAAGGGUUGAUGUCAAGUUGAAUAAACACAUAUGGAGCCGUGGAAUCCGGAGCGUGCCAAGAAGGAUCCGUGUUCGCAUUGCACGCAAGAGAAACGACGAUGAAGAUGCCAAAGACGAGCUCUACUCUUUGGUCACUGUUGCAGAAAUUCCAGAGGGAGGGUUGAAGGGAUUGGGAACCCAAGUCAUUGAAGAAGAAGAAUGAAAAUUUUAUUUUGCAAGUAAUAUUUAAAUAGUUUAUCUUUGUCGAGACAGUUCUCGUAUUCCUUUAGAAGUAAAUGAGUUAGUUUUCUUA